GUCACUUUGAGCAUUAGGUUAUUCCAAGUUUCAGGGGAUUUCAGGGGUGACACCUUAAGACGCCAUGAAGACUGAGAUUGAUUUUGUCCUCCUGGGUCCAAGCGGCUUCCUUGGCUCUGCGAUUCUUCGUUAUUUGGAAUCCUCCGAGUUUUCGGUACAUGCAACGAGAAUACGGCUCAAGGACAGGCUUGGUCUUGAGGCCCUUUUGGACGAGAUACGUCCAAAGCUUGGCGUCAUAUGUGCCGCUGGCGAGCGCGGACGGCCCAACAUCACUUGGUGUGACUCUCAUCCUGUCGAAACUGUUGAUGCCAAUAUCACUGGACAGCUCUCAGUGGCUGCUGCUUGUUAUGAACGUGGACUGCAUGUGAUACUGCUUGGAACAGGUGCUCUUUAUGUGAGCUCAGAUCGCAAACGGAAGUUCUCCGAGAGCGAUCCACCAAACGGUGGCUCUCCAGGGGUGUAUACUGCUUUGCGGCAGAAGAUGGAGGAGUUGACAGCUUUAUUUGACAACACACUUGUCGUUAGAGUGCUCUAUCCAUUGAGCUCGGAUCUUGAUGCUCGAGGGCUCCUUGGGAAGCUUGCGCGCUUCCAGCAAGUAGACAGCGUGGAGACGUCGGUCACUGUGUUGGACGACCUGCUGCCUCUUUUGCCAGUCCUUGCACAGCGGAGAGCUGCUGGAGUUUUCAACUUUGUAAAUCCUGGCACCGUGUCCUAUCCGGAGAUUGUGUCACUUCUUUCCGAGAGGAUCUCUCCAUGUGCAGAAUGGACUCCUCCACAGAUCCGCGGACUGCUGUGCAAUGUUCGUGCUUGAGUGGACUGUUUGACAUUUAGACAAUCUCACACUGCCUCACCAAGCAAUUGCCAGGAGCAGCUGGUGGCAACAAAGCUGCAGGGGAGCUCGACACAGCUCGAUUGCAGGAUACUGUGGGGAAGCCUUUGCCACAGGCUUCCGAUUCGGCAAGACGCAUCAUCGCCGAGUUGAAAGACGAGCAGAUCAAUUGCUUCAAGCAAAGUUUGCUACCAUCACAAAGUUGAUAGGAAGCAACAGUGUGAUUAGCAACCGAUUGAUUUUGGCUUGUGGAAAAAAAAGACACUAUAUAUAUUUCAUGCAUGUAUACAUAUAAUUAUACACAUGGAAAUAUGCAAAACCUCUU